AUGAAAGAAGAAGAUGUAACUUGUGACGGAUCAAUGCAACAAUAUUGCAUUAACCAUCCUCAUAGAAAAAACCCUGGUGGUAUAUGUGCUUUUUGUCUUCAAGAAAAACUUGGUAAACUUGUUUCUUCUUCCUUUCCUCUUCCAAUGACUCCUUCAUCUUCUUCGCUCUCUCCUCCUCCUUCUUCUCCACCUUCUUUCAGAUCCCAAACUCUUCCAACUUCUUCUUCAUCUUCUCUUAAUUCCUUCUAUGUCCCUCCAACUUCCCACAAACAUGAUCAUCACAUGCGUUCACGUUUACCUUUUCUUUUACCAAACAAGAACAAAAAGAAGAAACCUUCUUCCAUCAACAUGAACACAAACCCUUCAUCUUCCUCUUCUGCAAACGUUACUUCUGAUGUUGUUUUCAAGCGUAGCAAAUCCAUAGCCAGUGCCACACCCAGAAGAACCAAGUUUCUUGACGAUGAUGGUGUAGAAAAUGGAGAUUUCAAAACCAGAAAAAGGAACCGUUUUUGGUCUUUUCUCCAUCUUUCUUCUUCCAAACAACCCUCUAGCUCCUGCAGCAAGAAAAUGGAAGAAAAAAGCUGCAGCGUCGACGGUAACAGUAGUCCAAGGAUCUCAGCUGUGAAACCGAAAUUUUGUCCUUCUGUAGGAAGAAACUGUGACAUGGUAGUUGAAGAAGAAGAGGAGGAAGAAGAAGAAGCUUCUGGUUCAAGUUCUGGUUCUGGUUGCUUUGAGCAAGAACAACGCAAGGUUUCAAGAUCUAGAUCUGUUGGAUGUGGUAGCAGAAGCUUCUCUGGCGAUUUCUUUGAGAAAUUCUCAACUGGGUUUGGAGACUGUACUCUAAGAAGAGUUGAAUCUCAACGUGAAGGCAAGGCUAAUAAGGUAAUUCCAUCUUCUUGUUCUUCUUCUGCUGCUGUUGAUGCUACUGGAAAUAGAAAUAUUCAACACUGUAUGAAAGAUAGAGUGAAGUGCGGUGGAAUAUUCGGUGGCUUUAUGAUGAUGAAUUCAUCUUCAUCUUAUUGGGUUUCUUCUGGUGAAGAUGGAAGAAGUAGAAGUAGUUGGGGUUGGGCACUUGCUAGUCCUAUGAGAGCUUUUAGCAGUAAAAGCAGUUCUAAAGAUAACAAAAGCACUUCUGAGAAGGACAAUACACCAAAUUUAUCAGCUGUUCCUUCAUUGCUCACUGCCAGAGGCUAG